UACCCCUUUCCAGUCCAAGUCCCACUACACUGUGCGACUGAUCCAUCCAAAGGUAAUAAUAUUAUUAACUAAAAAGGGUAGAAGAUUGGUUAUUUGAGGAGUGGGAGACAACAGUGGCAAAUUGGAGGAUCCAUGCUCCAGUGUUCGUCUCUUUGUAUGUUACUCGGGCUUAUUUUUCUUUUUCCUGUUCCUGAACUCCUUUGUCUACCUAUUUCCGAAAUUCCGGGCCAUGGCUCGGCGUAUCUGGACUUACAGAACACCAUGGAAAUUCAGCUCUGCAUCAUUUUUCGACAUCAUUACCCAUUAUUACGUAAGUACAGGCAAGGAACAUACGGGAAGUCGGGGAAGGCUGGACAGUACGCAAUAGAAUCAACAUGGAAUGGGAUGAGCAUUCGUCAGCAGAAUGACUCAAUUCAUACGAAGUACAGGAGUAAAGCAUCGGUGCUAUCAAUAGUCCAAUGUUCAUGCAUUCAUCAAUAUGCAACUUGUAUCAACAGGUCUUCCGGGCACAUUGCAGCAAAUCACAAUAGGCUCACGGACCUGGAGGAGGCAGACACGUGGAAGGUUGUAGAUCCUUUUAUGGAGGGAAUAGAAUCCUGAUAGUAGUUCAAUCCAAUCAUCCAAACGCCUUCCAAGACCAUUCCUCGCAAGGCUGGCCCUCAGAAUAGUAAAGCCUGGCGGUAGUGUCUCCAGGCAGCCAAGUUGAUUUGUCUAUCGGACCAUCAGAAAGACGGAAUCUGACGAUCAAAUCUAUCUGUCAUCAUGGAGUCAUAGAGUCAUAGACUCAUAGACUCAUAGCCGGACCCGGGAACACACCCCCA